AAAAAUGAAAUAAAAACCCCCGAAAAGAAAGAGAAAAAGUGCUGGGCAAUUGUCGUCUACACGCUACACUGAUAUAUAACACCGUCACACUUGCCACUAUUGUCUGGAACUCUCUCUCUCUCGUUCUCCUGAAAGACACCGUCUCAAAUCUCUAAAAACAAAGAAACAAAGUUCGAUCUCAGGUCCCCCCCUAAAGAUUAUCUCUCUCCCGCAGUAGAUCUCUGAAAAACUAACACAGUCAUGUCGGUUUUACUUCCUCUGUGUCUGGUUCUCUCCAUGAUUACCUAUUCAAAUGCUGCGUAUUGUGUGUGCAAAGACGGGAACGAGCAAGCGCUUCAGAAGGCAAUAGACUAUGCUUGUGGAGCUGGAGCUGACUGUACUCAGAUCCAGCAGAACGGUGCUUGUUACCAACCUAACACUAUCAAAAACCACUGUGACGUCGCUAUUAACAGUUACUACCAGAAGAAAGCUUCCUCCGGUGCCACCUGUGAUUUUAACGGCGCCGCCGUCAUCUCUAGCUCCCCUCCGUCAACUGCUUCAAGCUGUUUAACUGGUUCCAGCUCUAGUGGGACCCCGUCCACUGGGACACCAACUAGUGGGACCCCAUCCACUGGGACACCAACAACCGGGACUCCAACAAGUGGGUUCCCAUCCACCGGGACUCCAUCCACAGGGAACCCCACUUCCGGAAUGCCCAACACAGGGACUCCUUCCACUUCCACGGGGAUGCCAAGUACUUCUUCCUCAUCUUCGGUGUUCCCGGGUACUACUCUUGGACCGGUUGGGAGUGGCGGAUUAGGUGAUCCGAACGCUGGAGUGAAGUUGUCAGACCGAACUAACACGGUCUUCUUCUUACUAGCUGGUGUAGCUAUGCUUGUCAUGAGGGGUUAGGAGACAAUAUCAUCUCAGACCGGUUGUUGCAUUGGAUGAGCUUUGAUUUUGCCAACGGCUUAUGGGUUGCGCAAAGUUGGCCGAGGGACAUCAUUAUGCUGGGUUAGUAGCUAGUAAUUUGGGAAGAACAAGUUAAAAUCACUUUUUUUUUUCUUUUUUUUUGUAAAUCCGGAGGACGAGAUGCUCUUUUGUUUCUAUUCUUUUUAUCGUUUUGUUUCUUUUGAACCUUUCAACCUUUCAUCUUUUAGAACGUA